AUGUUAAGAAGCAAAUGGGAACCAGGAACUACUAUUUGGCAGAAUCUCCAUACAAUGCCAAAUAGAGUUGGUAGCGCGUCUGAGGGUAUUCAGAAAUGCAUUCAGACUGGAACUAGCCAUCGAGGUCUCGUUGCACUUGAGUUUCGGCUACAGAGUGAGUUAGAUGGAAUACUGCAGAAGGAGGAAUUUAUGUGGCAUCAGCGUUCCCGAGCGAAGUGGUUGCGUGAUGGUGAUAGGAAUACUCGGUAUUACCAUAUCAAAGCGGUUACGCGACGUCGACUGAACAAUGUAUUAAUGCUGCAGACUGAUAAUGGUGAGUGGAUUGAUGACGCUGGUUUUCUCAAUAAUAUGGCGACAAUGUUCUACAAAAAUUUGUUCUCGUUAGAUCAGAGCCCGGAUACAAGAAUUGACACAAGAGUGAACUUUCCCAUGUUAGGGCCUGAUGUAGUGGAUAGGUUGAAUUUUCCUAUUGAAGAUGACGAAGAUAGGAAAGUGGUUUUUAAUAUGCAUCUAUGGAAAGCGCUGGGGCCAGAUGGACUUCCCACUGAUUUUUAUCAAAAAUCAUGGGAUAUAGUUAAGGUUAACGUGUGUGGCUUUGUUAAAAAUGUAUGGAGGAAUCCUAGUCUGCUAAAAGAAGUGAAUCAAACGGAUAUAUGCCUUAUUCCAAAAGUCUCGCAUCCGAAGCUUAUUAGCCAGUUCAGGCCAAUAUCUCUGUGCAACUUUAUUUACAAGGUGGUCACGAAGGUGAUAGUUGACAGAUUGAAAGAUUGUAUGCUGUUACUCAUAUCCCCUUACCAAACGGGAUUUGUACCGGGACAGAACAAACACAAGAAUAUUAUUAUUGCGCAGGAAAUGAUCCAUACUAUGAUGAAAGUGAAGGGUCAUAACAGUUACUUUGUAGUUAAAGUGGAUCUUUCAAAAGCGCGUGAUAAAUUAAACUGGAAUUUUAUCGAGCAGGUGCUUGUUGAAGUUGGUAUUUCGGGGCGUAUGUUGAACGUGAUCCUGCAUGCAAUAUCAACUGUGGAAACAAAUGUGAAAUGGAAUGGUGCUGGAGGAGAGUUCUUUUGUCCACAGAGAGGUAUCAGGCAGGGUGAUCUGAUAUCGCCGUAUUUGUUCGUGUUGUGCAUGGACAAGCUCUCUCACCUUAUCAGUCAAGAAGUGAAUGAAGGUAGAUGGAAAACUGUUAGGGCUGGUAGAAACGGUCAGGUUAUCUCUCAUCUGAUGUUUGCGGAUGACCUCUUGUUGUUUGGCGAAGUGAUUGAGCCUCAGAUCCGGUGUAUUAUGCGCACCCUGGAGGUUUUCUGCAAAGCUUCGGGCCAGCAAAUGAGUAAUGAGGAGACUAGUAUAUUGUUCUCGCCUAACUCGAGUAGAAGAAGUAAAGAGGAUAUCCUCCGCAUUUCUGGAUUUCGUGAGACCACUGCCCUUGGAAAGUACCUUGGAGUGCCUUUCACCGGUAAAGCUCCCAGGAGGAAAGAUGUUGAAUUCGUCAAUGACCAAGUAAAGGCUAAGCUUGCGAAGUGGAAGGCAAAGCAACUUUCUUUAGCAGGGAGAAUCACGUUGGCUAAGAGUGUAUUGGAGGCCAUACCAAUUUACCCUAUGAUGACGUCUAUAAUUCCUAAAACUAGUGUAGAGGAAAUUCAUAAGAUUCAGCGACAGUUUAUAUGGGGAGAUACAGAGAUUCGACGAAAGUAUCAUGCAGUGGGUUGGGAGAUGAUCACUCAACCAAAAAGUCUUGGUGGUUUGGGGCUUCUACGGCUGCAUGUAAUAAAUAAGGCUUGUAUUUUGAAGCUAGUUAGUCGACUGCAUUCUACUUCACAGGAUUUGUGGUGUCAAGUGCUUCGUGGCAAAUACCAACAAGACAACGGCAGUAAUCAUAUGGACGUGCGUCCUACAGAUUCCCACUUAUGGAGAAGUGUUCGGCUGGCUGAGAUAUCAGCGGAUAUACCAGCAAAUUGCAAAAAUGCAAAGUUGGUCGAUGUUGCUCUUGAUGGGAACUGGAAUUGGAGUAUGCUCCAGUGGCUUCUUGCAGAAGUAUUAGGCAUUAUUGGUGCCAUCCUGCCUCCACAUGACAAUUACGGGGUCGAUGAGAGGGUAGGCUGGGAGACAGAUCCGAAGCAGGCCUCGGUUGCUAACAUGUAUCAUAGGCUGUGCUAUUUUCUGCAGCAGGGGGAGGACACGAAUUGGAAACGAAUAUGGACGCUAAAAGUCCCGGAGCGGGUUCGGAUGUGGAGCAGUAUUGUGUCGAAUACCAAACGGUCUAGCUUUUUCACGUGUAACCUGACGUCAUGGAUCAACACGAAUUUAUGCAAUAAACGGAAUUGUGGUUGGCCGAAAGAUUGGGACAAACUUUGGGCGAAUGCUUGUCAUAUGUUGUGGAUGUGGAGGAAUAAAGAGAAGUUUAAUGAAGGUUUUGUUCGGCCGCAUAAUCGGGUGGAGAGACUGCGGAGAGUGAUUGGUUGUUAUGCGGCAUCUGAUGGAAUCAUGAGAGAUUGUUGUAUGGGAAGAGAAAUUACUAAGCAAAUUCACUUUGUCCCUCCUAGAACCGGGUGGAUUUGCAUAAAUAUCGAUGAAGCGUGCAUAAAUGGUAUUAUUAGUUGCGACGGUGUGAUUCGAGGGGAUGUCGGUGAAUGGAUUGGUGGAUUUUUGAAAUUUAUUAGGAGAGGGGACCCUUACCUGGAUGAGCUAUGGGGUCUCUACGAAGGGAUGCAGCUUGCUAGGAGUAUGCACUUUAGUAAGGUUGAGUUGAGGGUGGAUUCUUUGGUAGUGGCUCAAGAUGUUAAAGAAAGGAGGAAUAUCCGUCGAGGAAGGAAUAACCUCAUGCCCCAGAUAAUGACUAUGUGGGAUCUAGACUGGGAGUUAGAAAUCGUCCAUGUUCAUAGGGAAGCAAAUCAAUUGGCUGACGCACUAGCAAAACAUAGUUUUCCUCGAAGGAAAAGUAUAGCAUUUUUGCGGAUUGUCCUAUUAAUUUUGAGUAUAUUCGUAGAGCCGAUGAGAACAGCAUUAGUGUUUCUAGAGUUAUCGGUUUGUAGUUUUUUUCUCCCGGGCGUUUAG